GACAGCCAAGUUCCCUCUGCUGCCUGGUCACUGGAGCUGAUUAGUAUGCGAAAGGGUCCGCCUCGCAUCGAGAGAUGCAGCAGCAGCAGCAGCAGCUUGCAGAGCUGUCACACUCACACAGGCUUCUUAUCUGCACUGGCUUGACGAAUUAAAAAGCAAGCCAGCCAGCAAGAGAGACCGAAAGAGAGAGAGACAGAGGGGGGAAGAGAAAGAGAGAACACCUCACAGACAGCGCCUGCUUCCUCUUUUUUUUUUUUUUUAAAGGAAGGAUUUUGCAUCUUAAGUGAUCACUGAUUGUGAUGAUGCUUCACUUAGCAGACUCCAGAAUGAGCUAGAGGCAGCAGCUAGGGGGAUAAACCAAAAAAGCAGACCAAAACCAAAUACCAACAAAAACAAAACCAGGAACAGUUUUCUCCUUUAUUCUAGCAUGGUGGAUGUAUGGACAGUCUUACAGAGCAGAGGUUGACAUCUCCAAAUCUACCAGCCCCACAUCUUGAACACUACAGUGUUCUGCAUUGCACCAUGACCUUGGAUGUUCAAACGGUGGUCGUUUUUGCAGUGAUCGUAGUGCUAUUGCUUGUGAAUGUCAUACUCAUGUUCUUCCUGGGCACUCGUUAAAUGGAUUUUUU